AUGUCUACCGCUGGGAAGGGAAAUAGAAAACUCAAAGCCAAGUGCUUCUGCGGCUCCGUCCACUUCAUGCUGGAUGUAUCGCCGUCCCAUCUGCCUCUACACGUCCAUCUCUGCCAUUGCAGCUACUGCCACUACCGGUUAGGAGCUCCAUGUGUCUUCCACUUUAAAGCUCCGAAGGACGCUGCUCUCCGAUACAUCGCUCCGUCCAGCACCGCCAAAGUAUCGAGGUAUACGCCCCUGGAAGCCUCAGGCGCCGGGGUUCUGCUCGAACGUGGCUGUCACAUAUUCGACGAGAGUCUCUCCGAAGAUGGCCGUUUGGCCCCGUCGUCUUCCAUAUUCGAGGACCAGAGCGACGCCGUCUUCCAGAUCAAGAGACACAUAUAUAGCCACUCUGCCAAGGACGGCGGUCCGGCCAGCUGCAUGUCGCCUAAUAUUAACAGCCGUCUGAUUGAGGACUGGAACCACCCCAAAGAGGGCCAACCCGAUGCCAAGAUCGUCGAGUCACGGCAGGAGCACCAUGCCGAUGGGACCAAGAGGCUGCGCGUCCAGUGCCACUGUGGCGGCGUCUCCUUCACAUUCACGCGGCCAACGGCAGACAUGGUCGCGGAUACCGAGCAUUUCGCCAAAUCCGUCUCGCCGGUCGACCCAGCUAAGUGGCGCGCCACUUGGGACGUGUGCAGCGACUGUCGUCUCGUCAACGGUACGCAUGUCGUGGGCUGGACCUACAUACCUCGGAUCCUCUGCGAUCCUCCCAUAGCUCGAGACCUCAAGAUUGGCACCUUGAGGGUGUAUGCAAGCUCCCCCGACGUCCAGCGAUCGUUCUGCACCACUUGCGGCGCCACCGUCUUCUUCACCCACGCCGACAGAUGCCCCUCGGACGAGAAGCAGAUAGUCAACGUGGCGACGGGCCUGCUUAGGGCCCCAGAGGGAACCAUGGCUGAGGACUGGCUUACUUGGAAGUCGAGUCUAAGCCACCCAGACAACGGCAGGCGCUUCGAUACAGGGUUUUUCGAUGCGUUGGCAGCCGGCAUGCGGACGUGGACGACCCAGCGCUAUGGGAGAGAGCUAGACUUUAUAAUCCCUCGCAAGAGAUACAUGUAG